UUCUCACUCUGUUUCUUUCUUUCUCUCGCUCUCUCAAGAGUUAACAAACAAACUCAUGAGGUUUCUCUCUUCCGUGAAUCGCGUUGCUCGGUGAGAAAGAGAUACAGAGAGAGAUGAGUCCUCGAGCUGCUCAAACAUGCGGAAUCUGCGAGAUAGUCGUGUCCAAGUACAAGUGUCCUUGUUGUCUUGUUCCUUACUGCUCCGUGGGUUGUUUCAAGAAGCACAAAGAGAUUCCAUGUGUUAAACCUUCUUCAACCGACGAAAAGCCUGAUUUGAGUCAUGAUCUGGUACUUGUAGCGACGUCUCCAGCAAAGGAAGUCUCGGUGGAUGUGGUAGAAAAGACAGAAGCCAAGGCUAGUGGUAGUAGCGCUGCGUGUGCAACAAAGGAAGCUCAGAUGGCUGUGGUAAUACCAGUAAAUGCAGAGGAAGCAAAGCAUGUUGUAGACAAGACACAUCUCGAGGCUACUGGUGCGUCUGCAACAAAGGAAGUUCCAGUGGCAAGACCCAUAACCAUAACUGCAGAGGAAGCAAAGUAUGUUGUAGACAAGACACAGCUCGAGGCUAUUGCUUCUUCUAGUGAAAUCCGAGAAGCUUUAAAGGAUGAAGCCCUACAGAAACUCAUCGCCAGUAUCGAUAGCUCUUCCAACCCUCUCAAGGAACUGGAUGAAGCCAUGGGAGAAGAAGCUUUCCGCAUGCUCAAAGAGAAGAUUCUAUCAAACCUUUCCAAGAAGAAAUGACAGAGAGCAAUGAUCGUAGUCAACAUCCUAACAGAAGUUCCAGAAAUAUUCUUGAUUCAUUGUUUUGCGUUACAAGGUUUAAGUCGCAGGAGUGAAAUGUUCAUUUGACUUGUAUAUAUAAUAACCCCACAGAGGAUUACAGAUUACAGCAACUAAAUCUUACUUGUGUUGUGGAUUUGCUUGGAGAACAUGAUUUUUUGUUUUA